CUCCAUGUUAGUGUAACCCGAUCUGGAGCAACCACCAAAUAUGGUUCCUGGUGCGAUUGCUUAACUUACAUUCUUGUCAAAUCUGGAACUUGUGAUUCGUGUGGUCUUUAAGUGAAAUGUUCUUCUUUUGAGAGGCGGUUGUACAAUGUUAUCAUUUAUCAAGUCGUUUCUACCGACUUCCUACUUCCUACCAGGAUGGUUGAUUCUAGAUACAAACCCAGUGGAUAGUUUACUUCAAGGACUGGUAGGUGCAUGUGGGAUCUCUGUGCUGUGCUCCUUGAUGAGAGUGCACUUCUUUUUAGUGGAAGAGCGCUGGAGUGAUGAAAGUGAUGAAAGUGAUGAAGGGAGAAAGAGGAGGACACCUUGUCAUGAGAGGAGAACUAAAACUGGAUUUACUGGGAUGCUCCAGUUUUUCAUUGUGACUGGAAUACUGUCUGUUGUGGGCUCCCGUGUGGCGUCCUUGGUGGUAUUAGAAUUUUGUCUUCGGUCUGUGUCUGGGUUGAUCACAUCUGGACAAGAGUACAGGACAUGUCUGCAGCAAGUGUUGGUUCAAAGCCAGUUCUCCGUGGGCUGUGCCCUAAGCUGCAGUCUGUACUUUCUCCACGAGGGGGCGUCACAGCGCUGGCUAUGUCUGCUCCUGGCAGCAGCACUCAGCUGGUUCCUGGCUCGGCAGGCCACCCGCCUGAUGCACCAUGUCAUGGCUCUGUACAAACUCCACAGCUCGCAGCGCUACUGUGGCGUUUGCAUCAGCCUCCUCACAUCAGGCCAGUGCCUGCUGCCCAUGCUGUGCAGGACCCUGAUCCUCAUCUUCACCGUGGCCGUGGUGGCCUCUGUGUCAAUCAUCAAUCAACACUUCCUGUCUGCAACAGAGGCUGUCAGGUUCUGGACACCACUGACUAUCUGUUACACACUGUUGGUGGUGUACAUGCAGGAUGCUCAGCACCAUGCGUCUGGCAGCGAGGUUGUGCUGAACACAGUGAUGGUGCGUCUCGGGGGCUUGAUGGUCCUGAUGCUGACUGUUGGACGCUGGGCUGACGUGCUCCACAUCCUAAUGUGUUUCCUGGGCGAGGCCAGCUGUCUAAUCCCCACAAUGGAUCUGCUGGAUGCAGCAUCCUCACAGAUAUGAUGAAGAGGAUUAUUCAGAUGACGUCAAAAGAGAGAAGACCUCGGGCUCAAGAGAAGGAGCAUCGCAGAAAGCCACAAAUAGCUUUUACAACUAACAGCACUUCUAAAUGACUUAUUUAGUGUCUGUCUUAUUAGGGCAACACAAGCGAUUCAUGCUUUUGUACUGUGAAUGUAAUAUUUUCAUUAAAAUGCCAAGUGUUGCAUUAUGAUUGUUUUUUUAAGACGAGACAAUGGUUUGCUGUUCUUGACCCACAGUUUUGAUAUUAGAUAAAGAUGAACCCUGAACAGAAACAUGUUAUAAUUUCAUUUGGUUAAACAGCUAUCUUUGUCUCAAUUGUGAAAUAGUUGUGGUAACCUCAGUAUAUUCAGCCACAUAUAACUUGUGUCCCAAGGUUUUGUUUAUUGUUUUACUUGAUAUUCUUGACUGUUAUUACCUGAUAAAUCUCCUUUCCUUUCUGGUCACGUCACUAACACUAACUCUGGCAACAAACCUGCAAUUUAGGAUGUUAUUCUAUGACUCUGCAUGACCUCUUGGAUAAAUUUGCACAGUAAUCUUAGAGAUAUUUUAGCCACCAACUCCUGGCAUGAUUCACGCUUAAAUAUUUUCACUGAAAGUUUGUAACCCCUUCCAUGACCAUUAGACAGACAAAGGAAAUAAUAAGUGAGGUUUAAAGGGUUACUUCUGUUGCUACAAUCAUCUGUAUACAAUGAGCUCAUUCUUAUUUACUCACUCACUGGAGUGCUUUAAGAAAUAAUAAUAAUAAAAGACUUUCAGUU